AUGUCCGACCAAGAAUCUACAUACAAAUUCAACGUCAGCAUGAGCUGCGGCGGGUGCUCUGGUGCCGUCGAGCGGGUCCUCAAGAAGCUAGACGGCGUGAAAUCUUACGAUGUAAGCCUGGACACUCAAACUGUCCUUGUCAAGGCCGAGCCCUCCCUCGAAUAUGACACAGUCCUAAACACGAUCAAGAAGACCGGAAAGACGGUAAACAGCGGCGAGGUGGUGACGGCUUGA